AUGGAAGCAGGCGGAAUUGAAAUAGGGGUCUACCUUUUAUGUGUACUGCUCAUAGCCUCUAAUGCUGUGCUGCUUAGUUGGCUGGGAAAAACUAGAAAGUGGUUGGUGUGGUCAGUGGGACUUGUGGUGGCUGAGGUGAUGCUGUGCUGGAUUAUUCCAACUGGAAGUUUGAUGCUGGUGCUGCUGAGUGCCAUAUGUGGUGUGAUCUUGUUCACUGCAGUAACAGAAGUGGGGGAUAUGCUGCCAGCACAUGGCAGAGCAGUGCUUAUCACAGGUUGUGACUCUGGCUUUGGUCAUGAUCUUGCCAAAAUGCUGGACAGAGCUGGGAUGAGGGUGUAUGCUGGGGUGUUGGAUGAGUCUGGACCGGGAGCACAGGAGCUCAGAAAAGUCUCUUCCUCACAGCUUACUGUCCUCCAGCUGGAUGUUACAGACACCAACCAAGUCUCUGCAGCUUAUCAGUUCAUAAAGAGUCAAAUAGGAGACGCAGGUCUUUGGGGACUGGUAAACAAUGCUGGAGUGCUUGGAUAUACAUGUGAUGCAGAACUUCUUCCUUUGAGAAUUUUACAAAACACUCUGGAGGUGAAUUUUAUUGCUGGUGCAUUGGUCACCAAGGUUUUCCUGCCUAUGAUACGGCCAGCAAAAGGAAGAAUAGUCAGUGUAUCCAGUCUUGCAGGAGCAGUUCCAUUUCCUGGUUUUGCUGCAUAUGGAGCCUCCAAGGCAGCUGUAAUUUCUUACUUUGGAGCUUUAAGACUUGAACUGUCAUGCUGGGGAGUAAAAGUGGCCAUUGUUCAGCCAGGAGGUUUUAAGACCAACAUUCUAGGCAAUCAAGAGGGAUGGAAUAACAUUCAGAAUGAAAUCCUGAGCACUCAAGCACCAGAAGUAAUAAAGGCUUAUGGAGAAGAGUACAUCUGCACCAUGCAGCAACGUUUAAGCAACAUGACUGCAAACGCCUGCUCAGAUUUCAGACCGGUUCUGGAUGAUAUAAAGCAUGCUCUGCUCUCAGAAAGGCCAAAGCACUUCUAUUACCCUGGACACACUGCCUGGGCUUUUCCAUUCCUGCAAAAAGUCUGUCCGAGCUGGCUGUUUGAUGCUUUGUUUUUACACAUGUUAAAGUAUGAUACAUUUCUGCCUGCAGGAGUGACUUUGAAAUGAACAUUUACUUA